CAUCUUCCAACCUCCAAACUUUCUCUUUAAGAAGGCGCGUCUAGCUGCAGUAGUGUGUUUAUGACAGUCUUAAAGUGGCACAUGGAAACCAUCGCUGCUCUCUGCAUGGCACGAUCUACACCUACAGAUUAUGUCUGUCCGGAGCGAGGAAACGCUCUGCAGAAACUGAUCCUCUGAGUAUAUUCCUGUGUCUGUCUGACUAUUUUUAUCUGGCGGCAGCAGCUCCGGUGGAUGCGGCAGCGGGAGCUCCGCACCGAGGCGCGCGGCCAGCCGACGGGAAGGAUCGGCGGCGGAUUCACACAGAAGGCUGCUGGGCUCCGGACGACACGAGGCAUGAACUAGUCCCGACAGAGCCGUCAGAGGUGAAGCACAUCGGGACGUGAGAGGAAUGGAGGCACCGCCGGGGACGAGCUGCUGCGAGCGCGCCUUGGCCAACCGGGAAUAACCGAGCAGGAGCCGCUGGGAUGGCAGCAUCCAGUAACUCUAGCCUCUCCGGUUCAUCUGUGUCCUCCGACCCUGAGGAUUACCAACCGCCCAUAUGGAAGUCCUACUUGUACCAGCUACAGCAGGAAGCUCCGAGACCAAAGAGGAUCACGUGUCCUCAGGAGAUGGAGAGCAGACCCAAAUACUACGGCAGAGAGUUUCAUGGCAUGAUCUCCAGAGAAUAUGCAGAUGAGCUUCUGGUGGGAGCAGAGGGUGCUUACCUGAUCAGGGAGAGCCAGAGACAGCCAGGGACCCACACCUUGGCCUUAAGGUUCGGCCACCAGACCCUCAACUACAGGUUGUUCUAUGACGGGAAGCACUUUGUGGGGGAGAAGAGGUUUGAGUCUGUUCACGACCUGGUAACGGACGCUCUGAUCACGCUCUACAUCGAGACCAAGGCGGCCGAGUACAUCGCCAAAAUGACCACCAACCCCAUCUACGAGCACCUCGGCUACACCUCGCUGCUCAAGGACAAGAUGGUGCACCGGCUGAGCCGAGGACGCACUGAGCCACGCAGGGUCACCUUCCAGAGAGACGACAAGAUCUCCUCUCCUCUGGUGCGACGGAGCGCCUUGAAGGACACACCGGAGAAGCAAUGCUCCUACGAGAAGAUACACAACUUCAAGGUACACACCUUUCGGGGGCCGCACUGGUGUGAAUACUGUGCCAACUUCAUGUGGGGCCUGAUCGCGCAGGGUGUCCGCUGCUCAGAUUGUGGGCUGAAUGUACACAAACAGUGCUCCAAACUGGUUCCCAGUGACUGCCAGCCGGACCUGCGCAGGAUAAAGAAAGUGUUCAGCUGUGACCUCACCACGCUGGUCAAAGCUCACAACACCACGCGGCCCAUGGUGGUGGACAUGUGCAUCCGAGAGAUCGAGCUGAGAGGUAUGAAAUCUGAAGGUCUCUACAGAGUGUCUGGCUUCUCAGAGCACAUCGAGGACGUGAGGCUCUCCUUUGACCGAGAUGGAGAUAAGGCUGACAUCAGUGCCAGUGCCUAUGCAGACAUCAACAUCAUUGCUGGUGCUUUGAAGCUCUACUUAAGAGACCUUCCCAUCCCAGUCAUUACCUUUGACUUGUACUCCAAAUUUAUUCAAGCUGCAAAAAUACCAAAUGCUGACUCCAGACUGGAGGCCGUCCACGAGAGUAUCCUGCAGCUCCCCCCGGCCCACCACGAGACCCUCCGCUACCUGAUGGCUCACCUGAAGAGGGUGACACAGUUUGAAAAGGACAAUCUAAUGAGUGCUGAGAACCUGGGCAUCGUGUUCGGCCCGACGCUGAUGCAGCCGCCGGAGCAGAACGCCCUGACGACCCUGAACGACAUGAGGCAGCAGAAACUAGUGGUGCAGCUUAUGAUCACGCAUGAAGACGUCUUAUUCUGAGGACUGAGGCAUGCAGGCCUUAUGACACUAACGAAGGACAUUUAUUUAUUCUGUCAAAGAGGAAAUUCAAGCCACCUUGAUUCUAAUGAAGUUUCAGAAUAGUUUGUAAUCAAAUUGAACUUGAAACGCUUCUUUCUCGCAUGACUGUUUGGUUGAAGUUGGUUGGUGUUGACAUUGUCUUGUUACUGUAAGUUUUGGGUUUCAUCCCCAGCCAAGACCAUCAUUUUUAUAUUGGGAAAGGAUCCAGUGUUUUUAACUACCUACAGUGCUGUUCCCUCCUGGUUUAGUCUGAAGGCUGUCACUACCUGGUGUAGAUCAGCCUGUUGGCAGCACUGAGUGAAUCUGCCCCGGGCAAAGCUUCAGUCAGCUGUUUCUGGAUGAAUCUGCUGUAAACCAAGCAGCAGCAGCCAGGCCAACGUUCCUACAUUACAUGUGUGCAUAUUGUGAUUUUUAGUGGGAACACUGGUUAAAA